GUAAGAGACUAAACAUUGAUCAGUGAAUCCAUGUGAUUUAUACUAAAUCUACAAGACAGGUGAGCGAAGCGUAAAACAUAUUUACACAUUUUGGUGCUUCGUGAUAACACUGCCCGUAUUUUGCUGCCACUGAAACUCACAGGCUGAAAAGUUCAAACAGGCAGUGUGUCAAACAUUUGACUCGUACUGACAUACUUGGAAAGGUCAUUGAUCGGAGUCAGUAAACCAGGGCAUGACUGGCGCUACAACGUCUGACUGAGUUGGGGCAAAGAUGUUCCCCUACUUCACGUCGGUGCUGCUAGUCACAGCACUGACCAGUGUCUGGGCCCAAGACUUUUAUGAGGAAAGGAAAACUAUCAAGAAAUCCAGGGCCAAACCUCUGGCUGCAAAUAGUCAUGAUGGACAAGCCAUCCUAGAUGAGGACUGUAGCCUGGAGCUCUCUUUCCUGCUGGACAGCUCUGAGAGUGCUAAGGACAAUCAUGAGCAUGAAAAGCAGUUUGCCAUGAACGUGGUGGACAGACUCCAAGGGGUUCGGCUGCAAACCGGCCGCAGCUUGAGCUUGAGGGUGGCUCUGCUGCAGUACAGCAGCCAUGUCAUCACAGAGCAAACCUUCAGAGACUGGAGGGGCACGGAGAACUUCAAGACCCGAACAGCUCCCAUCAUCUACAUCGGGCACGGCACUUACACCACCUACGCCAUCACCAACAUGACCAAGAUCUACCUGGAAGAAUCUAGUCCUGGCAGCAUCAAAGUGGCUGUUCUGCUUACAGAUGGCAUUUCCCACCCGAGGAACCCUGACAUUUUCUCUGCUGUCGCUGAUGCCAAGAACCAGGGCAUCAAGUUCUUCACCUUGGGCAUCACCCGGGCAGCCAACGAGCCAGCCAAUGUAGCCCAGCUCCGUCUACUUGCCAGCUCUCCUGCCUCCCACUUCCUCCAUAAUUUACAGGAUGAAAACAUAGUCCAAAAAAUCGUCACCGAGAUUACUGGCUUGGCUGAUGAAGGAUGCCCUCUGGCUCAGAGAUGUGCUUGCGAGAAAGGAGAGAGGGGACCCGGCGGGCCUGCGGGGAAGAAAGGUCGCCCUGGAGAAGACGGAGCCCCAGGGCUUAAAGGGCAAAAGGGUGAAGCAGGAUUGAGUGGACUACCUGGUCGAGAGGGUGUUGAGGGAAAACCAGGUUACAAAGGAGAGAAGGGGGAGAGGGGUGAGUGUGGCACUCCAGGAAUCAAAGGAGACAGGGGUCUUGAGGGUGCAGUUGGUGCAAGAGGACUUAGAGGUCUGCAGGGGUUACCAGGACCACAUGGAGACAUUGGACCAGAGGGCCCUCAGGGAAAGCAGGGUGAACGUGGCCCACCUGGCCCUCUAGGAAUUCAGGGGGAAACUGGUAUUGGACUUCCUGGACCAAAAGGUGACAUGGGGUUCCAGGGCAGACCAGGUCCUCCUGGUCCUCCAGGAGUGGGUGAACCCGGACUUCCUGGACCUCAAGGACCACAAGGUGUUCAAGGGGAAAAAGGACCCCGAGGUGAAGGAUUCCCUGGACCAAAGGGCGAUCGGGGGCUCCCAGGACCGAGGGGGCCAAGGGGACAGCAGGGUGCAGGAAUCAAAGGAGAAAGGGGUGAAUUGGGGCCUCCAGGUCUUCCAGGGCCAACUGGUCUGACAGGAGUGGGCAUACAGGGUGAAAAGGGAAUUGAGGGUCCAAGAGGGCCACCUGGAGUCAGAGGGUUUCCAGGCGAAGGUUUACCUGGACCUAAGGGAGACCAAGGUUUACCAGGAGAGCAGGGUGCUCCCGGAGAGAGAGGCAUUGGUGAGCCUGGUCCAAAGGGAGAGCCUGGAGCAGCUGGUUUGGGUGGCUUGCCAGGUCUACCGGGAGAAGAUGGAGCUCCAGGGCAGAAGGGUGAGCCUGGAUUACCUGGUUUAAGAGGUCCUGAGGGAGCACAAGGAAUUGGAACACAAGGGGAGAAGGGCGACCAGGGUGUGCGGGGCAUCCGUGGGUUACAUGGGCCUCCCGGGAUUUCAGGACCCUCAGGACCAAAGGGCGAACGUGGGAUACCAGGCCAGCAGGGCAUGCCAGGGCAGCCAGGACGAUCUAUAUCAGGUCCAAAGGGUGAUAUAGGUCUUGUUGGGCCUCCUGGUCCUGUUGGGGAAACAGGUCACGGUCUACCUGGUCCAAAGGGUGACCGUGGUCAUCCAGGUUUACCAGGUCCACUUGGUCCAAAAGGUGAAGGCAUUCCUGGCCCUGUGGGUCCUCCAGGCAUGCCAGGCUUACCAGGAGAACCGGGACCAGAGGGAAUAGGAAUUCCAGGUCCUAAGGGUGACAUUGGCUUUAGAGGAUUGCCAGGUUUGCCCGGCCCACCUGGAGAGGGCUUACAAGGACCAUCAGGUAAUGUUGGGAGACCAGGACCUCCUGGUCCAACUGGACCUCCAGGAGAAGGUAUUCAAGGCCCAAAGGGUGAGCCUGGAUCUCAAGGUAUGACCGGGCCUAGAGGGCCUCAAGGAGAUGGCUUUCCUGGCACAAAGGGUGAUCGUGGAUUACAGGGUGAAAGGGGAAUGAAAGGUACAAAAGGAGACAUGGGUGAUCAUGGAGUCCCUGGUGAAUCAGGGAGGCCAGGAGCAAAAGGAGAACCAGGACUCACAAGAGAAGACAUUAUAAGGCUGAUAAAAGAAAUCUGUGGAUGUGGCAUCAAGUGCAAGGAAAGGCCCAUGGAACUUGUGUUUGUCAUCGACAGUUCAGAGAGUGUUGGACCCGAGAACUUUGAAAUCAUCAAAGACUUUGUCACACGGUUGGUGGACCGGACCACAGUUGGUCGCAAUGCCACCAGAAUCGGGCUGGUCCUCUACAGUCUGGACGUCCAUUUGGAGUUCAACUUGGUUCGCUACAUGAGCAAACAAGACGUCAAGCAGGCAAUCAGAAAAAUGCCGUACAUGGGGGAGGGCACCUAUACUGGCACUGCAAUCAGAAAGGCGACUCAGGAGGCUUUCUUUAGUGCUCGGCCUGGAGUCAGAAAAGUAGCCAUUGUCAUCACUGAUGGUCAGACUGACAAACGGGAGCCUGUCAAACUUGACAUAGCUGUGAGGGAGGCUCAUGCUGCAAACAUUGAGAUGUACGCCCUGGGGAUUGUCAAUUCGUCUGAUCCUACGCAGGCUGAGUUCCUGCGAGAACUCAACCUCAUUGCCUCUGACCCCGACAGUGAACACAUGUACCUUAUUGAUGAUUUCAACACACUACCAGCACUGGAGUCUAAACUCGUCAGUCAGUUCUGUGAAGAUGAAAAUGGUGCCCUUAUUUACAAUCGCAUCACAAAUGGACACUGGAACGGCAACAGUGGGCAUCGGCAUGGUAUUAAUGGAAACAAUGGACAUGGAGAGAAUACCAAUGGAUAUAAUGGCUAUGGUAAUAAUGGUCAUUCUUAUGAUUAUGGAAACAAUGGAUAUGGGAACACCGGGAACAGUUACAAUUACCAAGAGGAGAUCCAAAAUCAACGACGCACCAACAGCCGAGGCCGUGGAGACACUUUCACACUGCCCAUCAGUGCUGAUCCUCUCCCUGUUCAGGUGGUGGACGAUGAUGAUGGUGAAGAUUUAGACAUCAGAGCCCAUGUGCAGGGCAGUAGCAAUGUGGCUAUAGUUAACAAAGCAACAUCGUUAUCGCCUGUGAGAGAAAGCUCUGUCUCCAAUGAUGCAGUCUUAUCGUCUUCACUAUCUUCUUCAUCUUCAUCCUCAUCUGCAACAGCUUCGUCCACACAGGGUUCAGUUUCAUCCUUAAACUCUAAUCAGCUGCAGCCAGUGUUGAGUCCAGUCCUUCCUGAAGCCCCUCUUCUCGAUCCCCGCUGUAACUUCAGCCUGGACCAAGGCAACUGCCGAGACUAUAGCAUCCGCUGGUACUAUGACAAGCAGGCCAAUGCCUGUGCACAGUUUUGGUAUGGAGGCUGUGGUGGAAAUGACAACCGUUACGAAACAGAAGAUGAAUGCAAGAAUACUUGUGUUCUAUUCAGAACAGCUGUAUAAAAGGAGAAGAAGGCAUCAGAAAUUGGACAUUUCUACUCAAUAAUCUGCUAAUUUGUUAUUUUAAUGUGAUGCAUUCUGUCACUUGUGUUCAGAGAAUUUCAUGCACUUUUCUAACACUUUUGUCCUCACACAAAUGUAUCUUUUGGUCAAAUAGCAAAGCCAUGUUAAAUAGUCAAAUUGAAUCAAAUCCCGAAAAACUGCUGACCAGUUGCUGUUUUAACCCAGUGACUGAGUGACUUAUGAAAUUUUGCAAAAACUGACUUUAUUACCUCAAAAAAAUUGUACUGCUCUUAGUACAGCGGGAGAAAUCCUUAUUUCAGGGUUUGGCUGUCCUGGGUUUACAGUGACAACUUCAGGGAAUUUAUUAAAAUUAAAAAAUUAACCUAUGGAUCAUUUACAGUAUAGAUCAUAUACCUGUUUGAGCCGUGUGCUUUACAUACAUUGAAUAUAUUUAUAGCAAGUCAGCAAUAGUGAGAUGUUUGUUUACGUUGUGUUGAUAUGAUUUGCUGAAAUAAGCUCUGAGUACUUUUGUGUGCGUUCUGUCGGUUGUUAUUACAAUGUGUCCAUUCAGGUUAUACCUGGCAGCUGUAAUAAAGGGCCAUGUCUGUGUGCGUACUACUUUCAUAGGUCCCCUGCAAAUGUUAACUUGUUAUGAAGAUUGAAGCAUUGUGCAGUCUGUCCAUUAAAGGCCUGUCUAUUUGGGC